AUGGCUCCGAUGCAUGUUCUCAGGUUCCCUCGUAACGAUGACACGACUGCCUUUGUGCUUUUGCAGGUAACUCCAAAGGGCUCAAAGCCGCUGGACCUCAAAUUGGUAGGGACUGAAGGGGAAGAACCAUACGUUGCUUCAUUGAAACAUGAUAGGGUCAUGUCCUUACGUGUCGACAAUUGUCCCGCAUCAGAGAGCGAAUGGCAACAGAUUCUCGAGAACCUGUUUCACCAGGAACCCCUUCCGGAUAUCCAGGCUACAGCCACAGUGCAAAGUGAAAAGUCUAUAUCAAUAACCCUUCGAAAAGAAAUACGGGGUAUUACUCAACGACUUGGUGCAAUUACUUUAAACCAUGAUUCAGAUGAGGCCAUCGAACUAUUCGAGUGGUGCGGUGCGGCCGUUGAAUCAUCUGCUGCCAGUAAACAAGCUGCGGCCAACCUAUCAGUCAAGUCGUCUGAAGCAGAGUCCGCUGCAACCCAGCUUCAGUCUCAGUUAGAGGAACUCAUCAGGGCGAAGGAUGAGGAUGAGACCGCAUUGCUGAGAAAGUUCAGGGACCUCUUGAACGAAAAGAAGUUGAAGAUCCGGGAGCAACAGCAAUCCUUAGCGGCGUUAGCAGCGAAUCCCAGUUUGGCGGGUCAAUCGCAAUUUUCUCAGGCUGUGGAGGUUGAAAUCGAACAACCGAAGCCAAAGAAGCCAGCCCGCCAAGCUGGCAAGUCCAGGACUGCGAAGAGAAAGGCGCCUGCGACAAAGCGAGUAGAAGAGUCUGAUGACGAUGCUGGCGCUGACGUUAUGGAUGUCGAUAUCAAACAAGAGGCCGAGGAUACAGAUCCUGGGAACACGACCGAAGUGACUGCAUCGGUCGAUAGCGAUAACGGCGAAAGUGAUGCUGAUGCUGGUGUUGGUGUUCACUUGAGUCCCUCUCAACAAGUCUAUGCCCCUGCAUCAACAGCCGCUACUCAAGAAAAGGCUCCUGCGAAAACUGCCGAAGCGCCUCCACCGCCUCGAGCUCUUCCAUUCGCAACAAAAAAGACUGCAAAAACUACUCCUGUCCCUGCCGCUGCUGGCAGCGAGACUGAGUCGGACGAUGAGCUUUGA